AUGAAAGCUUCCUGGGCUUUGGCCGCAGCCACUGCUGCUCUCACUUCGACGGUCACCGCCACCAACGCCAGCGAUUGCCACUGCCUGCCCGGCGAUAGCUGCUGGCCCUCGACCGCGAGCUGGGAUGCCUUGAACAGCACGGUGAACGGUCGCUUGGUUGCCACUGUCCCCGUUGGUACUCCUUGCCAUGCUCCCAACUACGAUGCCGAUGCGUGCAAGGAGCUGCAGAGCAACUGGUACUACCCGCAGACUCACAUGGACACCUCCUCCUCGGUGAUGCAAACGUACUUUGCGAACCAGAGUUGCGAUCCUUUUACCGCUGUGUCCCGGCCCUGCUUGCUUGGCAACUAUGUCAACUAUGCGGUCAAUGUCUCGACCAGCGAUGAGGUUGUUGCGGCUAUCAAGUUUGCCAAGACCAACAACAUCCGUCUUGUCAUCCGUAACACUGGUCAUGACUAUCUUGGUCGUUCCACCGGUGCUGGUUCUCUGGCCAUCUGGACCCAUCAUCUGAACGACAUUGAGUAUGUUGACUGGUCUGAUUCCACCUACAUCGGCCCUGCCUACAAGCUCGGUAGUGGUGUGAUGGGAUUCCAGGUCCUUGAGGCUGUCCAUGCUAACGGCCACGUCGUGGUUGGGGGUGAGUGUCCCACCGUUGGUCUUGCCGGAGGGUACCUCCAGGGUGGUGGCCACUCGGCCCUCAGCACCUCGUUCGGUCUGGGUGCCGAUCAGUCUCUGUCCUUCGAGGUUGUUACCGCUUCUGGCGAGCUCGUCACUGCCUCGCGCACCAAAAACACCGACCUCUACUGGGCUCUCAGCGGUGGCGGUGCCGGUAACUACGCUGUUGUGUUGUCCGUUACCGUGAAGGCUUACUCGGAUGCGACCAUCUCCGGUGCUGGUCUCGAGUUCGUUGCCGGUGGCAAUGUCACCACCGAUUUGUUCUUCCAGGGGGUCGCUCGCUUCCACGAGCUGUUGCCCGCUAUGGUCGAUGCUGGCACCACUCUUAUUUACGAGAUGACUGAUAGCAUCUUCUUGAUCAACCCUCUCACCGCCUUCAACAAGACCUCUGCCGAGGCGAAGACCAUCCUCACUCCCUUCCUCUCCGCCCUGACCGAGCUGGGCAUCCCCUAUACUGUCUCGUACACCCAGUAUGAUUCGUACUACGACCACUACGAGAAGUAUAUGGGUCCUCUCCCCUACGGUAACCUGGAUGUCGGUACCUACAACUACGGGGGCCGCCUGCUCCCCCGUUCCGUUCUGGACUCCGACGUGACCCCCUUGGUCUCUGCCCUUCGCAACAUCACCAGCCAGGGUAUCAUCGCUGUCGGGGUUGGCUUGAACGUGACCAGCUCCAACGACACCGCCAACGCUAUCUUCCCCGAGUGGCGCAAGGCCGCUGUGACCAUGCAGAUUGGUGCCGCUUGGAACGAGACUGCGCCGUGGUCGCAGAUGCUCGCCGAGCAGUACCAGAUGACCCACGAGGCAGUGCCCCAGCUCGAGGCCGCCACUCCCGGCGCUGGUGCGUACCAGAAUGAGGCGGACUUCAACCAGCUGAACUGGAAGGAGACCUUCUUCGGCGAGAACUACGACAAGCUGUCGGAGAUCAAGAACAAGUGGGAUCCUGACCACGUGUUCUAUGUUCUCAAGGGUGUGGACAGUGAUUACUGGACUGUGUCGGAGUCGGGCCGCAUGUGCAAGGCCUAA